GCGAACUUAGCUCAGUACCUACAAGCAUAUUGUCGGGUUGACCUGGCUCCUGGGACUGUCUGAACUUCUACUGAAUCGUUUCUUGUUCACAUGUCCCCAUGAGCCUACUAUCGAAAGCGACAGUAGGUGCAGUUGGGCUGCUUUGCAAAACAUUCUUGAACAUCGGGUAUUGUUCCUCUGUCACCAUCCAUGGUUUCGAGAAUUUGCGUGAGGCAUUGGAGAGCAGUGGGAGGACGGUAGGAUGUGGUGUAGUCACCAUCGCCAAUCACAUCUCUACACUGGAUGACCCUGUGGUUUGGGGCAUCCUCCCCUCUCGCUACUAUCUGAGCUCUCGACUCACAAGAUGGACAUUGGGGGCGUCAGACAUAAUGUUUACGAAUCCACUGUUCUCAUUCUUUUUCCGCCAUGGGCAAGUCAUCGAAACGUUCCGAGGCAAAGGAAUUUUCCAGCCUGCCGUUGACGAUGCGAUCGAGAAGCUGAACGGUGGUGCUUGGAUUCAUCUAUUCGGCGAAGGAAAGGUCAACCAGCCUGCCACCGAUCCCACACAAGACCCGGCGAAGCUGCUAAGAUUCAAGUGGGGUGUAGGUCGUAUAGUCAUGGAGACCGCGAAUACUCCCGUAAUCAUACCCAUGUGGCUGACAGGAUUUGACCGCCUGAUGCCUGAAGGGCGUUCGCUCCUGUGGAAGUUCAUUCCCCGGCCGCGCGUUUCUCUGAGCGUAACAUUUGGCAAGCCAGUCGAUGCUAAUGAGAUACGCAAUGCACUUCACACACAUCGCGCUACGCCAGGGGUGUCAGGGAGCACCAGUGGCGGACUAUCCGAUCCCCGACGGCCACAAGAGGAACAGAAAAGCAGUGAAAUCUUGCGCGCAGCUUGGCUAGGUGAGGCUGCAAAUCCGGAGCUACUUGAGGAGCCGGGACGAGAUACAGUGGCAGCGGUCGCAAGUGUCCGGAGCGCGGUGACGGCAUUGUUGCAGCGUAAGGUAGAGGAACUUGGGCGCGAAGUUCGUAGGACACAAGACACAAUGCAGCCGCCUCAAAGCCUGAGGCGAACACGACACGCAGGGCCAUUGUUGGCGUCUCAGAACAACCACCGGGCUCUUGAAGCAGUGAUGGAAACCGAAUCUCAAAUGCCAUGGGGCAUGUUGAAGACGGACACCAUGAGAGCUAUUCUCAAGGACCUAGGUCUCGCAGCGUACACUGAGAGGCAUGAAGAGAUGGCCCAGCGCCUGCAACAGGUCGAGAAGGAUGGCCUGGAUGCAGUGAUCAAGAGGCUCGAGCGCUCUCAGGGCGGCGGAUCUGGUGCAGGGAACCAGCGCGCUCGAAAGCGCAAGCUCGGAGGCGAGGGCUCAGCCCGUCUCAGCUCGCGAGGGCUUGCACGCAAAGACAGCAAGCCAAUUUUCGAGGGGGUUGUAUUGCCCGCGCCACCCAAACCGUGCCGGCAGGUGUUUGUUGGCGUGGUGAUGCCAUCUCUGCCGAGGAAAAUGCGAAGGACUAGUUUGAAGCGCAGGGCCGAGAGUGAUGACGAGGGUCUUCAAUACGGUAGUUUGCAAACAAGACGGAAGGGCAGACGAACAGCAUCGUUUCCUGUUACAAACAGCGAUGGAUACGAAAACUAG